CCACACUUGUUUAACUCCACACACCCAAAAACAACGCAGACACAUACCAUCACCAUGUUGGGGUGUUUGUAUGUCUUUGUUAUCUCUGUUGUCAUCUUCAGCUCUGUUUCCUCAGAGGCUCAAAUGGUUCCAGCUGUUUAUGUGUUUGGAGACUCACUUGUAGAUGUAGGCAACAACAAUUACUUGACUCUUUCUAUUGCCAAGGCGAAUCAUCGUCACUAUGGUGUUGAUUUCCCUAACCAGAAACCAACUGGGAGAUUUAGCAACGGCAAAAAUGCUGCGGAUUUUAUUGCUGAGAAAUUGGGCCUGCCAACUUCGCCACCUUAUCUGUCCCUAGUAUCAAAGGCCAACAAAAACAGCAACACAUCAUCCUUCAUGGAUGGUGUUAGCUUUGCCUCUGCAGGUGCUGGAAUAUUUGAUGGCACAGAUGAACACUAUAGACAAUCAAUACCGUUAACAAAACAAGUGGAUUACUACACACUUGUGCAUGAGCAAAUGACACGAGAAGUGGGAACACCUGCUCUGCAGAAGCAUCUCUCAAGGUCAAUCUUCGCGGUGGUGAUUGGCAGCAACGACAUCUUUGGAUACUCUGGCUCAUCGGAUCUUCGCAAGAAAAACACCCCACAGCAGUAUGUGGAUUCCAUGGCUUUCUCACUCAAAGUGCAGCUACAGCGAUUAUAUGAUUAUGGAGCACGUAAAUUUGAGAUUACUGGAGUUGGGGCACUUGGAUGCUGCCCUACAUUUAGGGUCAAGAACAACACAGAGUGUGUUACAGAAGUCAAUUACUGGUCAGUAAAAUAUAACCAAGGCCUUCAAUCCAUGUUAAAGGAAUGGCAAUCGGAGAACGGAGGCAUAAUCUACUCUUACUUUGACACCUACACUGUCAUCAACGACCUCAUUCAGAAUCCGGCUUCCUAUGGAUUUGCAGACGUGAAAGAAGCAUGUUGUGGACUAGGGGAGCUGAAUGCUAAGGCUCCUUGUGUGCCGGUGUCAAAACUUUGUCCUAAUAGACAAGACCACAUAUUCUGGGAUCAAUUCCAUCCUACUGAGGCAGCUUCACGUAGUUUUGUUGAGAGAAUUUUCGAUGGUUCUUCAAGUUACACAUCCCCUAUCAAUAUGAGACAGCUCGUAGCAGCAUGAAGUUCAUAUGACAUUUUCUGUGGAACUCAUCAUCAAACGCAAAAUGUGAACAAUAGAAACUAAAACAGUUGAACUAGAUUUGUCAACCAAGUACUAGAGAAGUGACCUCCGGUUAGCCAGAUGUAUUAUUUUCAUUACAGAGUAUGGUAUACUGAAAUUAAAGGUAUAAAGGGGAUGAAGGUGUUCCCAUGACAAAAUGCAUUCAUGCAAGUGUUUUACGA